GACCUCCGGCACAUCCAGAACGAGAAGCAGAAAGCGAACGAUUCCUUUCUAAUAGGGCCACACCCCAUCCAGGCAUCACGCGCUGCUCUCGGAAUCCUUGAAUGCCACCGUUUCGUAGCGACGCAUAGCCAUGGUAGACGACCGCAGUGGCGUCACGCUCCCCGGUCCGCCGACUGGACCGGGGCUGACGGCGCAGGUCCUGCCUCCCUGGCUCUCUUACUCGCCUGUCGCGACGGCAACAUACACCGAGCUGGUGACCCAUACCCGCGUUAUCUACUACCCGAGCGGCACGCGCGCACCGACGCAGUCGCUCAUCACCACCACCGAGGUGAAGACGAGCACGCAGUUCAGCAUUCACUACGUGCCCCUGCUGUACGACGGCCCCAGCCCACCCCCGCCGCUCGGCACCCUCUUCACCACAGCUAACCAGGCCAGUGUGCACAGCCAGGGACAGGGGCAGCCAACACAGAACCCGCAGCCGACAGGCAGCCCUGGACAAGGGCAAGCGCCAGAGCACGGAGGGGUGGGCAACGGUAACGGUACUGGCAAUGGAAACGACAGUGGUAACGGGGCAGGAGGAACAAGCACCGGAUCAGGUGCCGGUCAAGGUAAAGGCAAUGGUUCUGGCUCAGGGAAUGGCCAAGAUGGCAACGGUGCUCAACCGGCCGGCAGCGACCCGACGCCCUUUACUCCGAACGGAAAUGCCUCCGUGCAGCCAGCAGUCUUCACCGAAAGUAUCACUGGCGUCAUUCCAACAGCAUCCGCAGAGGCAAUUACCGAAGGCCAACACGCCGCAUCAGGCGUCACGGUCUUUAGCGGCGCAAGCGUACCGUACCAAACUGCCAGCGUCACGGUCAUUGCAGGCUCCUUGUACACGCUCGCGACCGAGCCCUCGGGCAGCACCUUCACGCUUGACACUGGCUUGUCGACCGCCCCGCCAAGCAGCGCGACCUCGAUUCCGGGCACUGCGAUCAUCAGCAGCAACCAACCACAAAGCUCGCCCACCAGCGCCAGCGGUGCGGGCAGCGUCAGUGCCGACGGCCUGCCUGGCAGCAAAAUGCUGUCCAGAGGCCAGAUCGCCGGUAUCGCCAUUGGCGUGCUCGUGCUGCUUGUGCUCCUCGUUCUGCUGGCGUUCUGCUGCGCGCGCCGCCGUCGGAAACGCGCCGCGUACACCGAGCGCGACCGGUACAUGAGCGUCGCGAGGCUGUAUGCGGAGAAGGAACCUGAAGGCGCCAUGGCUGCUGGCCAAGCCGGUCCAGCGUCCGGCGGCCGGAAUGGCUUCUUCCGACGGUUCGGCCGCGCUGGUGCAAAAGGCCUGUAUGCAGCCCUCGGUGCAGCGACGACCGGAAGCGGUAGACUUACUGCUGCUGCGGUCAGAGGCGGGCGCGGCAGCCUCGGGAGCUGCGAGUGGGAGGAAGACCAGCUGACGGACCGCAGCAACAACAGUGGCUUCCACAUUGUCGGCGGCGUGCAGUCACACGAACGCCAUGGCCACGGACACGGACACAGCGCCGCAGAUCCGUUCGCGGACGGCGUGCACAACAUCCCGCAUGCGUCCAACGGCAACGGGGGCGGCAGCAAAAGCGCGCGGCCGACAAGCUUCACGGGCCGCAUCGCCGCUGCUGGCGUUGCGAGCGCAGUCGGUGUCGGCGCGCUGGCCAGCGCGCUGGGGCGCAAGGCGAGCCGCCGCAAGCCCGUGCCGACGUACACGUACGAAGACGUCGCCGAGCGCGACCAUGAUGACUUUGACCCGGACGCGCAGCCGAUCAGCGACGAGGUAGCCGAGAAACACGGCUUGAUGGACGACGCGGGCGAGCACCACUACGGUCGCCACUCCCUGCCCGAGAUGGCGUACGCCCCAAAUCCGUACUCGGCAGGUACUUUCCGCGGACCGUACGAUCCAGCGCUGGCCGCCGAUGCAGGUGCAGCUGCGGGCGGAGCCAUGCUGUACGGCAUUUACCAACAGCAAUGGACCGGCUCCAACGGCUCCGGAAGCGACCACCACCGUCCCAUUAGUGGUGACAACUGGACUUCGUCCGCACACAGCCACAACAGCAGCGCCGCACACAUGGGCUCCGUGAAUGACUCGCCGGUCAGCAGCCGCAACUCGCGCUCGAACACCAGCCUCCCCCCGCCGCCGCGCGCACCGCGCGGCCUGCAAAACGUCGCACCGGCUGCUCCGGAAGACAACGCCUCACUGCCACAGUUUGAGGGCCGCUUUGGCUCCGGCGACAUCAGCGAACUCGCUGGCCUCGCUCCCAAAGGCGACAGUGAGUCCGGCUACUCGCAGGAUAAGCAUACCAGUGCUGCUGCCACGGCCGGCGCCAGUGCCGCUGGCGGCUUUGCACUCGGGCAGCUCGCCGCUGGCCACCGCGACAGCAGCGGCAGCACCUACUCGCGCGGCUACUACCCGAAAGACUCCUCCAACGGCGCGCAUGAGGGUUUCGCCAGUGACGGGACGCGCCACUCUCGCUUCCUCAGCUCCAAUACUCCAUUGCUCGGCCCCAACGCUGCGCGGCCGAGCGCCGGAAAGAGCAGCGCACCCGGCUCUGCGGAAGGCCACGGCCGCCUCGCGACGAUCGCCAGCGUCGGCGAGUUUGGUGAGCGCAGCUCGAUGACCUCGCCUUCGGGUCCCGCGCCGUCGUCGUCCAAUCCCCGGACCCUGUCGAUGCACACGCAAAGCAUGCAGCCAACGCAGACCGACCAGCAUGAUCGCACCCACGAUUCCGAAUUCGGCCGGCCGUCGCGAGAUACAUUCGGACCCACCGGUUCUGGAAGGAGCGGCGAGGAGCCAGCCGUGAGCGGUGCCGUUGGAUUCUUUGGCGGCCUUGCAGCAGGCUGGCGCACCUUGACGGGCAGUGCGCCCCAGUCGUCCCAGACAAUGCGCAAAUCACUGCCAGAGGCACGCAGCCAGCAGGCUAGCGUGCAUUCAAUGUCCAACGGUGAUAGGUCAGGCUCGUUGCACCAGACGGGUUCCAUCGUAAGUCAUGAGAGCGGAGGCAGCGCAGCGCUUGUUGCCGCCCCGCUUCCCGUGCUGGACGGCACGCAGUCAAGCUCGGGUAGCAAUGCGCGCAGCGGCUACCUCGGCAGCUCAUCCGAGGCCGCUGUUUCCCGCUCUGGCAGCGCCAGCCGCAGCGCACAGGCGUCGAGCAGCCGGGGCAGUGCUGCGCAUCAGCGCUCACUCCGCUCUUACUUGAGCGACGGCGACGGUAGCAUAAGCACGGGUGCAGCCAGCUACAGCCCCAGCGGGCCUACCCGCGGCGCUGGGCGGAACAGCGGCUUGACGCGCUCAGCACUGCAACCCGACCACUACAGUCUAGAGAGCGAUGCGACUAGCAGCCGUGCGACCGCGGGCGAGAGUAGCGAGCAUGGCAGCAUGGGUUCGAGCUCAAGCAAGAAACGACCGCGCAGCAACAGUGUUGACAAUACGCGUCUGAGCAAUGUCUACGAGGGUCACGAAGAAGCGAACGACGCAUUCGCAGAUUGCCAGCAUGGCCACUACCCCAGCCGAUCGCUCGGGGACGCCGUCACGCGGCAGGCAACCCGUGAAGCGGAGCUCAGCGCCAGCGUGCUCCUUGGCGGCGCCGACACGACGUCGACGCGGCCGCGCCUGCUGUCAGGUCCGCGCGGACUGAGCGUCGGUACGGCACGCAUGGUGGCACCAGCACUGAGCACGUCUGUCUCGUCGCCCUCCCUGCGCGAGAUCGGUGGACAGCAGGCGCAGGCGAGCUCGUCAACGUCGUCGACAUGGCGGCCGUCGCCGCGCGUCGCUACGGCGUCCGAGCGCGCGCAGCAGGCGCAGGAGACUCUGGGUGCGCAUGCGCGCACCGCGAGGUCUGACGUGACGCAGGGCAGCGGGUCGCGCCUGCGGUUUGCGAAUCCCGAUGCGGACCCCGAAAACGACGUUGCGGGCGCUGCAGACACGGCUAGGGAGGCGGAGGCGGAGGAGGAUAGAGAACACGGCGGCACAGGCGAGCAUCUAGCCUGGCCGAAGUUCCUCCGCUUCUGAUGAUAGUCUGCGCUCCCGCGCUGGGCAUGCACCGUCAGCCAAAAAAGACACGGGACAAUCGUAUCGUAAACGUUCUGUAUGUACAAUUUUCUCCAUUUCUCUCGCUCGCUUCCUUUUUAUCUAUUGACGACUCGACACACGACAAGCCAGCUCCGGGUGCGCAUCAGCUAUCUCCCCCGUUGCAGCAGAUUACGAUGCGCUCUGCCUUCCUCCCCUUGGGGAUCU